AUGUCAAGCAUAACCGCUUCACAAAAAGAGGCAAGUAAUUUUAUAGAAUUCGUUAACAAUUCACCUUCUCCAUUUCACGCGGUAGAAGAAGCACGGUUACGUUUAUCCGCUGCUGGUUAUAAGGAAUUAAAGGAACGAGAAAGCUGGGAUAGCGUCCUCGAGUUAAAUGGCAAAUAUUAUUUCACUAGAAACAAGAGUACAAUAGUUGCAUUCGCUAUUGGAGGUAAAUACAAGAAAGGAAAUGGCGUUUCGAUAGUUGGUGCUCACACCGAUUCUCCUUGCUUGAAAUUGAAACCAAUUUCAAAGAAGGAGAAAGUUGGGUAUUUACAAGUUGGCGUUGAAACUUAUGGUGGCGGUCUUUGGAAUACAUGGUUUGAUCGUGAUUUAAGUGUCGCUGGACGCGUGAUGGUUGCGACCGAUGAUGGAAAACUCAUUAACAAACUAGUUAGAAUUCGACAGCCUAUCCUCAGAAUACCCACACUGGCUAUUCAUCUUGAUCGUGAAAUUGACGCAGGAUUUAAAUUCAAUAAGGAAACUCAUCUCAGUCCCUUGAUUGCGACUAUUACGAAGGAUUUGUUGUUGACUAAAGCUGAAAAAUCCGAGAAAAACGAGAAUACAGCAGAUCCGUCUAUCUCAAAGCAUCAACCGGUAUUGAUGAAAACUUUAGCCAAAGAAUUAGAUGUCAACGCUGAACAAAUCAGAGAUUUUGAACUUUGCCUGUAUGAUACUCAUCCAUCGACAAUCGGAGGUGUUUAUAAUGAAUUCAUCUUCUCUGCUCGUCUCGACAACUUAGUGAUGUCGUAUACCGCAUUAGCAGCUUUAAUUCAGAGCACAACUGAUCCUAAUUCAUUAUCAAAUGAACAUAAUAUCAGGAUGAUUGCCUUAUUUGAUAAUGAAGAAGUAGGAAGUACGACAGCUCAAGGAGCUAACUCGAGUCUUUUAGAAACCACUAUUCGAAGAUUGGUAUUUUCAAAUAUCGGAGGGAAUAUUCAAGAAACGACUUCUUGCGCAAUAUUCGAAGAAACAGUGCACAAGAGUUUCUUGAUCAGCGCGGAUAUGGCACACGCUGUACACCCGAAUUAUUCUGAAAGAUAUGAAGCAAAUCAUCAACCAGAAAUGCAUAAAGGCGUUGUAAUUAAAGUAAAUGCUAAUCAACGUUAUGCCACAACUGCGGCAACAUCAAUUUUAUUACGGGAAGUUGCUAAAAAAAGAAAUAUUCCGCUUCAGGAAUUUGUUGUUCGUGCUGAUACUCCAUGUGGAUCUACUAUCGGGCCAAUGAUCAGUGCGAAGUUGGGAAUACGCACAAUUGACGUGGGUAACCCACAACUUAGCAUGCAUUCGAUUCGUGAAAUUGCUGGUACAGAUGAUGUUGAACACGCAAUCCAUCUAUUCAAAACAUACUUUGAAGAAUUCCAUGAAAUCGAUCAACGUGUGAUUGUUGACUAG